AUGGGAGACCGCACUCUAUUCAUACCUCCACAUGUGGGAGACAAUGUGUUGCCAAAUCUUCCCUUUUUCCACAGACUAUUGCGUUAUGCGCAACGUAGGCCCUCGCCCAUUGUGAUUCGGGACUUGGUUGCCGGUGUGGAAAAGACAUACCAUCAUCUUGUUUCGGAUGUUCUAGCCUUUUGCAAGGCUUUAGAAGGAUCGCUCAGCAAUGGAGCUCGACGUGAUUUGAUUGCGGAUAAAGAGGUAUACAUUGGGUUGCUUGCACUGGGGGGCUAUGAAUACGCUGUCGGCUUCAUCGCAAUCCUCGGAAUCGGUGCAGCAGUUGUACCUAUGGCUGCCGCAUUGCCAGCAGAAGAAGCCUCGUAUUUCUUAUUGAAAGCGCAAUGUGUAGCUCUGGUAGCUAGCACAACCAGCGAAAACAACGCCCAGUCCGUACUCAGGUAUAUGAGAGAAAGCAAAGGCGUGCACAUCCCAUGUAUAUCCCCAAUUGCAUCUUAUUUCCGCCCCACGCUUCUUCCCUCAGAUGAAGCGACCAUCUCCUCUGGCCCGGUUCCAGACAUGAACGCGGCAGCACUGGUGAUCUUCACUUCCGGCACGACAGGGCCCCCCAAGGGCGCGGUGCAGCGUCGCAGUUAUAUCUCUGGGAAUGGGGAGGCCGACGCAGCCUACUAUCAAAUCACAGACAAAGACACAGUCCUCCAUGUCCUUCCAGUGCAUCAUGCCUCUGGUGUGGGUUUGACUUUCCUCCCGUUCCUCGCAGCUGGUGCGUGUAUCGAGUUCCGCAGUGGCAGCUUCGAUACAGCGUGGACGUGGGAGCGCUGGAGACAAGGAGGUCUUACCUUUUUCUCUGGAGUUCCCACUAUAUACAUGCGUAUGAUGCGUUAUUAUGAAGAGAACAUUGCACACCAAGCUCCAGAGAUAAGGGACCAGUAUAUCGCUGGUGCGCGUCAAAUUAGAGCAAUGCUAUGUGGUACUUCGGCACUUCCAGGGCCUGUACAAGAGUUCUGGCACAGAAUCAGGAACACGCCAAUUCUCACCCGAUAUGGUGCAACGGAGUUUGGUGCAGUCAUCAAAACUGAACUUGAUUCCGAUGGAACGCCGCAAAACAGUGUUGGCUGUGUUGCUGAGGCGAUCUCACUCAAGCUUACUGAUGAAGGUCAGAUAUUAGUAAAGUGCCCUUAUAUGUUUUCCAAGCAAGUCGAAUGCCCUUUCGAGGAGUCAUGGCUUUCCAUCUUCUUACAUAUUCUCAACAGGUACCUCUUCGACGAAAAGGCAACGGCGGAUGCCCACGACGCCGAGGGAUACUUUAAAACGGGAGAUAUUGCCCGCCGCGAAGGAAAAUAUUAUUUUAUUCUAGGCCGUGCCUCAAUCGACAUCAUCAAGUCAGGUGGCUACAAGAUCUCCGCAUUAGAUAUUGAGCGUGAGAUCCUGGGGCUCGACUAUGUUUCAGAGGUCAUGGUUGUGGGCGUUGAAGAUGAGGAGUUUGGUCAACGAGUUGCUGCUACUGUCAGUCUCAAACAAGAUCAAAACACGACACGUAAGAGCCUCACAAUCGCCGAGCUGCGGGAAGAUCUGCGGGAUAGAAUGGCUGGGUAUAAGAUGCCGACUAUCCUCCGUGUGGUUCAAGCUGAAUUGCCCAAGUCGGGGACGGGAAAGGUGCAGAAGAAGAUAUUGGGACCGCAGUUCUUUCCGCUUAACUAUCGAGAAUUACCUGAGGUACAAGUAUGGAGCAUGGAGAAAGCUAGGCUAUAA